AUGGAGAAAAUGUUCAGAUCCAUUUUUGGAUUCAAACUAUUUGCAAGACUUCGGUCUAAAGGAGAUGUGUACUCUUCGAAGAAGAAGUCCAAACGAAGGAGUGAGAGACCUUCGUCUCCUGAAGACCUCGACCCUCUCACCAUCUUGGGGGAGCACGGACGAAGGGGUGAGAGACCUUCGUCUAGUGGAGGCACCAACCCUUCUACUAACACAAAGGAGUGCAGGCAAAGGGGUGAGAGCCCUUUGUCUUGUACAGACAAGCCCUCUACCACCAGGCAGCAAGAACCAAAGGAUGUGAGCUCACUGUUCUUUGUAGGCAACAACCCUUCUACUAGCACCAAGGUGCGCAGGCAAAGGGGUGAGAGCCCUUUGUCUUGUACAGACAAGCCCUCUACCACCAGGCAGCAAGAACCAAAGGAUGUGAGCUCACUGUUCUUUGUAGGCAACAACCCUUCUACUAGCACCAAGGUGCGCAGGCAAAGGGGUGAGAGCCCUUUGUCUUGUACAGACAAGCCCUCUACCACCAGGCAGCAAGAACCAAAGGAUGUGAGCUCACUGUUCUUUGUAGGCAACAACCCUUCUACUAGCACCAAGGUGCGCAGGCAAAGGGCAACAACCCUUCUACUAGCACCAAGGAGCCCAGGCAAAGGGGUGAGAGCCCUUUGUCUUCGUCCUCUGAAGACAACCAGCCUUCUCCUCCAAGGAGGCAGCAAGCAUGGGGGGGUGAGAGCGCUUUGUCUUCAUCCUCUAGAGACAACGAGCCUUUUCCUCCAAGGAGGCAGCAAGCAUGGGGGGGUGAUAGCCCUUUGUCUUCAUCCUCUAGAGACAAACAGCCUUCUUCUCCAAGGAGGCAGCAAGAAAAAAGAGUUGAGAGCCCUUCAGCUUCAUCUUCUGAAGAUGACGAGCCUUCCACCACAAGUAGGCAGACAAAAAGGGGGGAGAGCCCUUCAUCUUAUGAAGACGAUGAGCCUUCCACCACAAGCAGGCAGAAAGAACAAAGGAGUGAGAGGCCUUUGUCUUUCGGCAGAUAUCAGGCGUGCUACCACCUCGAGGCUUGACAGAGGUCUAUUUGUGAGCCUUUUGGCCUCGGUUGGCAAAGACCUUCCUCCCAACUUGAUGCAGGACGGAGGAAGGGGUGACAGCCCUUCCUCUUCAUCUCCUGAAGACAACGAGCCUUCUUCCACAAGGAAGCAGGAAGAUGAAAUGGGUGAGAGCCCUUCAUCUUCUGAAGACGACGAGCCUUCAACCACAAGCAGGCAGCAAGAACAAAGGAGUGAGAGGCCUUUGUCUUCCACAAGCAUCAACCUUGCUACCACCUCGAGGGUUGACAGACGACUAUUUGUGAGCCUUUUGGCCUCGGUUGGCAAAGACCUUCCUCCCAACUUGAUGCAGGACGGAGGAAGGGGUGACAGCCCUUCCUCUUCAUCUUCUGAAGAUGACGAGCCUUCUUCCACAAGGAGACAGCAAGAAGAAAUGGUUGAGAGCCCUUCAUCUUCAUCUCGGGUGCAGAUACAAAUGGGUGAGAGACCUUUGUCUCGUGGAGAUUUCAACCCUUCAACCACUUUGAGACAGGACGGACAAAGGGGUGACAGCCCUGCCUCUACAUCUUCAUCUUCUGAAGACGACGAGCCUUCUGCCACAAGGAGGCAGCAAGAAAGAAGGGCUAAUAGCCCUUUACCUAUCUAUCUGAUAGCGAGAAAGUGGCUAGAGGAUGCAAGGAGGAGGAGAGAGGAGGCAGAAAGACAGGAUAUAGAAAAAUGGGAGAGAAAAUUACGUAUGAGUGAGUACGAGUGUGAAGAGAAAUAUAGACAGCUCGGUCUAGAGACAAGGAAGCGGAUUGAAAGGGAAAAGGAGGAGACCGAAAGACAGGAGAAGGAGAAGAGAGAGAGGAAGGAUAGGGAGAUCAUUGAAAGAGAAAAGCAGCGUUUGGAGGAGAAGUGGUUAAGAAUAAAAAGGGUGAGGCGUGAAGAUAUGGAGAAAAAGAACCAGGAGAAGGAGAGGAAAACCUUUGGUCUGCUUUCAAGAAUAUACAUUUGGUGGGUCAGUACCAAGAAGGAACAAAUUGUCCUUGAAAUCACAUCAAACGUUUUGGCUGAGCGCAAACUCAUCCGUCAAGGUCCCCUCAGAAAUCCAAGGAAGUUAAGAGAAAGAGAAAGGCUGGUUGACCAAAGGACUAAGCUGGUUGUGUCCUACAUCAAACAACAGUCUAAGUUGCUGAAAGAAGUGGAGAAGCAAAGACAGAAGAUAGACAGCAAGAAAGUAAGGGUGUGGCGGAAGAAGGAGAGGCACAUUAAGAAUGGUUCAUUCAAAAUCUGA